GUAAACACACACAUAUAUACCUUGACCAAGAGGCGAGCGUCAGACGCUAUCCAGACAGCAGCCGUUAAACAGUUGUUCAUCUAGAGUUGAAGACUGCAUCCAGCACAAGAACAAAUAAACAAGUCAGAUAAAAGACCAGGUGAAGUAAGAUACCUAUCUAGGUCCAGAAUACAAAUAAUAAAAAUCUGUUAUCAAGAUGUCGAAGUACCAAGGAAGACAAAAGGGUCGGAUGCCGGAAAACGACUAUCAUAAAAUCCGAGCUAAUUUCUGUUAUCUGUUGGAUCAUAUCAAAGAACCAGUAAUACUUGGUAAUAAAUUAUUUGAAAAAAACGUUUUCAACGCAGAUGAAAAGGAAGAAAUACAGAAAAUAUACAUGAACGUUGAAAAGGGUCGGAAUUCAGCUGCUGACAAGUUACUGAUGUAUGUCUUGUCAAACUGUGGUGAUGCCUAUGGUAAAUUCAUCCAAUGUUUACGAGAGCUAGGUUACAGAGAAAUCGUAAAGGUAUUAGAAAACACCACAAAUGGUAAAAAUAAAACCAAUCUGAUGACAGAACAAGACAAGACAAGACAUCAGCUAGAAGACUUACAUAAAGAUCACGACCUUGCAAAACAGGAAUCAGAGAACCUGAAGAAACAGGCGGAAACACAAGAUGGGGAUUCCAAACAGAUGUUGAAGAAAAUCGAAAAACUUGAAACAUACAAAAAACAAACUGAAGAGAAAGAAGCUCUGACAAAGAAGAGAAUUGAUGAGUUGGAGACAUGUAUUAAAACUCUUACCUUAAAUGAGGAAGAUACCGUUCGGCAACAAUUAUUACAUGGUACUUUGUCUGGUAAUACAAGUGAUACCUCAGAUAAGAAAGAUACACGUCAACAACAACAACAACAAUUAUUUGAUGCCUGUCGACAUGGUACUUUGGAUGAUAUAAAAAACAUGGUGGACAUAGAUGUUAACGUCAGAGACAGUGAUGACCGGACACCGUUAUUUAAAUGUUGUGAAUCAAGUGUAAGUCCUGUAGAUAAAAUACAAUAUCUAGUCAGUCAUCAGGCUGAUAUUAACGCUAGAGACAGUUAUAAUAAUACCAUCUUACACUGGGCAUGUUGCCAUGGUACUUUAUCGACAGUACAAUAUCUUGUUGAUGAUUUACACAUGAAUGUUCAUACAACAGGUUAUUACAACAAUACACCGUUAUUGUACUGUUGUAUGUCAAGUGUAAGUACUGUAGAUAAAAUAAAAUAUCUAGUCAGUCAUGAGGCUGAUAUUAACGCUAGAAACAGUCAUAAUAAUACCAUCUUACACUGGGCAUGUUGCCAUGGUACUUUAUCUACAGUACAAUAUCUUGUUGAUGAUUUACACAUGGAUGUUAAUACAACAGGUUGUUACAACCAGACACCGUUAUUUACCUGUUGUAUGUCAAGUGUAAGUACUGUAGAUAAAAUACAAUAUCUAGUCAGUCAUCAGGCUGAUAUUAACGUUAGAGACUGUUAUAAUAAUACCAUCUUACACUGGGCAUGUUGGCUUGGUACUGUAUCUACAGUACAAUAUCUUGUUGAUGAUUUACACAUGAAUGUUCAUACAACAGGUUAUUACAACAAUACACCGUUAUUUUACUGUUGUAUGUCAAGUGUAAGUCCUGUAGAUAAAAUAAAAUAUCUAGUCAGUCAUCAGGCUGAUAUUAACGUUAGAGACUGUUAUAAUGAUACCAUCUUACACAGGGCAUGUUGGUUUGGUACUUUAUCUACAGUAGAAUAUCUAGUUGAUGAUUUACUCAUGAAUGUUAAUACAACAGGUUAUAAAAACCAGACACCGUUAUUUUACUGUUGUAGAUCAAGUGUAAGUACUGUAGAUAAAAUAAAAUAUCUAGUCAGUCAUCAGGCUGAUAUUAACGUUAGAGACUGUUAUAAUGAUACCAUCUUACACAGGGCAUGUUGGUUUGGUACUUUAUCUACAGUACAAUAUCUAGUUGAUUGUUUACAUCUAGAUGUACAUGUCAAGAAUAAAGAUGGUGAAACAGUUCUAGAUUAUUGUAGGAAAUCAGACACUGAACAAGAUGAAAAGAUAAAAUAUAUUAAAGCUAAAUCAACUAAACCUAAACUAUCCCGUCGUCUCAAGUCUUUAUUUAGACGUUAAAUAUAUCAGAUCAAAUUAAAAUAAAAUAAACAAGUUAUAAUAAUUCAUGUAAACUAGUCAACAUAAUGUUAUUGUCUCUAGUCAUACAAUUUACAGUUUUAUUGUCUCUUGUCAACAGUUAAAACUACUGAUGACGUAUUAUACUGUCUGUAGUCAACAGUUAAAACUACUGAUGACGUAUUACACUGUCUCUUGUCAACAGUUAAAACUACUGAUGACGUAUUACACUGUCUCUAGUCAACUACUGAUGACGUAUUAUACUGUCUGUAGUCAACAGUUAAAACUACUGAUGACGUAUUACACUGUCUCUAGUCAACUACUGAUGACGUAUUAUACUGUCUGUAGUCAACAGUUAAAACUACUGAUGACGUAUUAAACUGUCUCUAGUCAACAGUUAAAACUACUGAUGACGUAUUAUACUGUCUGUAGUCAACAGUUAAAACUACUGAUGACGUAUUUGUAUUUUAUCUACAGGACUAAUACUGUGUAUAUAUUUAUUGUUUAUUUUAUUGUUUAAUUUAUUUAAAAUGUCUUAAAAAUUUUAUUGUAUAUAUUUAUUUUCAAUGAAUAAUACUGUUUACAAAAACUCGUGUUUAUUUUUAUACGUUCAAUCGUGUCUUUGCGCUUGUGUCUAUGUUUGGCCCACAGACUUCAAUUCUUUGGUGCAUGCCCAAGCCUCAGGGACAGAGCCAUGCCCAAUGUCCUUUAUUUUGGUGCAUGUCCAACCCCCAGGGGUGGUGAAAUGAAAUGAAAUGGGGUUUAACGCCCUAUAGGUCUGCCCCGACUGGUCUAAUGAAGACGGACAUUCACCAUACAAUGUGCUAUGACCAGUGCCGGACUGGGCCCGCCUGUCCACCUGUCCGUGACAGGUGGGCCUAAGCUCAUUUAAAAAACGUGGGCCUAAGCCUAUAAAGAAAAGAAAAAAGAGAAAGA